AUGGCUUCCCUUGCUCUCCGGGUGAAGAACCGUGUAGUCGCCGAUCCUAGCAUCGGCCUCUCCGACAUCCAAGAUGUCAUCAAGACGUGUUUGGACGUCGCUGGCGACUACGACCUCCUAAAGUACCUUGGAACACCACCCAACUUGUCGUGGAAGACAGCAGCAUGCCCGGAUUGGCUGACAAGGUUGCAGCAGCUGUUUACCGGCCUGCUGAAGUUGGCUCCGAACUGCUGCCUCGCCGGCAAGAAGGUCCGUGGAGCGAUUGAGAAGAUGUGCGAGCCCCCUUCGAAGGUGAACUUCUCCAAGAAGUCCACGGCGGACUUCGUCGACAUGUGCGACGAGACCAUCCGCAUAGGCAUGGCCCAGCUUCGCAAUCUUCAGGGCAGCGAACUUCUUCGUCAGCGGUGCUUCAAGAAAGCAGACGGCGACCAGAUCGCUGUGUUGCAGCGAAUGUUGGCGAUGAUCGAGGUUGAGGACAGCCAGGAAGUCGCUGCCCCCGCCAACGAGACUCCGGCUACUUCCCAAGCUUUGGUGUCAGUGCCUCCCGUACCGCCGUCCUGGAAGCAAGAGGGCACCUCGGGCAUGAUCCCCAGCACCUUUCAGAUGCCAGAGCCCUCGGCCCCUGCUGAGGCACCGAUCAACUUGAUCAUCGACUUUGACUCCGCCGCCGCCGUCUUUGAGAGAAUCGCGAACAAGAAGCGGCCUGAGAGCACUCCGCCGUCGAUGGAGCUGCCGCCGCGACGGCCUGCGACUGCGAAGGCGAUUGCAGGUACGUCUCCAGAUGACUGCUUGCUUCAAACCGGCUUAAAGAAGGUUCUCCCGGACUUGUCAGUCAAGGAUGCUGCCAUCCUCGCGGAUUUGGACGAGCAGAAGCCGAUCAACGACGGCCACAAGAGCCAGCUUGCGAGGAUGAAGGCCUCGUACUUCGACGACCCUUGCUCCUCCAAGGGGCGAGGGCGAGGAGGCCGGGGCCGAGGAGGCCGUGGUCGAGGUCGUGGCAGCAAGGGCCAGAAGAUCGGUAAGAAGAGCAAGGUUGAGGACUCCACGAAGGAGCCGGCUGAGACGGCAGAUGGCCCAAAGUCGGAAGUGGCGAAGAACCAGAAGCCCAAGCAGCCGCUCGAGGAGGUGGCUCAGCCGAAGGCAAAGAAGGCGAAGAAGACGAAGAAGAUUGCAGUCGAGAAAGAGUCGCUCGACCAGGUGGCUGAGCCGGAGGCGAAGAAGCAGAAGCUGCAGCAGCUCGACACUGAGGUGGCUCAGAGCGAGGCUGAGCAGGACGUGGAGCCCGUUCUUCGGCGAAAGCGGGAGAAAGGCAGGGCCAGCUUUGCAGAGGCCCCUGCCGGCGAUGAGAUUGAGAAGGCGGAGGCGACGACCGAGAAGCCCAAGGCCUACAAGAGCUCGGAGAGGAAGCGAAUUCUGAGUAGAGCCUAUCAUAAGGCCAGGAAUGAUGCUGAGAAGCGGGGCCUCGACCCGGAGGCCGCUAAAGAAGAGGCGAAGAUUGCCUCUGCUAAGGCUUGUGCUGAGUACGAUGCUGAGCACGAGGGGGCCGAGUGA